UCCAGCUGGCUAUCGUGCGGCUACAGCGUUACUACUGUGUUCUGUGUGUUGGUUUCGGCAAAAAUCGUCGGUUUCUACUGUACCGCUUCCACUUUGCACUUUCAGUCGCUGGACAGCGUUGCUCAUUUGUGCUUACGUGAGUGGUACUUCAAAGUGAGGAAGUACCAUGGCCCCGAAUAUGAGAACUGAUGUUAUUUUGCUGGAAGGAAUGGCAUGCCCAGUUUGUGUUGAGAUAAUCAACAAGAAGUUGGUGAAUCUGAGCGGUGUUGAAACUGUUCACGUGGAUCUGGAAGAAAAUGAAGCUGUUGUCAAGUAUGAUCCAAGCGAGGUAACUCUGCGUGAAAUCACCCGAGCAGUAAUAGAGAGUGGCUUCAAUGCACGCACCAAGAACUCGUGUCCAAGCCUUGAAGACAUCACACUGCUCAUUGGUGGCAUGAUGUGCAACGAGUGUGUUGGCAAAGUAACUGCAAGUGUUGCCCAAAUCAAGGGAGUCUGCCGUGUUGACGUUUCCUUGGAUAAGGGCAGAGCCAAUGUUACGUUUGAAACAACUCAAACGGACCCUCUUGCUAUUAAGUCUACCGUAAACAACCUUGGUUUUGUUGUGACUCUGCCUGAAAGUAUUCAGCCAUCAUCUGUCACUCUUUCUGUUGAGGGUGUUGCCUGCAGUCUAUGUGUUAUUUCAGUUGAAAGAGUACUUUUUGCAAAACCAGGAGUGAAGUCAGUUUCUGUGUCACUUGAAGAGCAGAAGGUGCUAGUUGACUUCUGUAGCUAUGAGGUGAGAGCAUAUGACUUGUGUCGAGCUGUCUGCAAUGCAGGGUAUUCAGCAACAAUCAUCAGUGAGCAAGGACCCCCAGACCUUGUUUCGGCAUUAUUCAGCGUCACAGGCAUGACCUGCAUGUCUUGUGUUACCUCUCUAGAAGGUAUGUUGUCUCGAACUGAAGGAGUUGAAGGUGUCAAGGUGUCUCUUCAAGAAGGUACUGCUGCUGUUGUCUACAUCUCAUCAAUAUUGACACGCCAAAAAAUUGUGGAAAUCAUCAGUGAUUCUGGCUAUGGCUGUGAGAUCAAGGAACAGACUCAACAAGGCUCCACACCAUCAGAGGACACGCCACUUCUUGAAAAACAGCUUAGCAAAGCUGCAUCAUGCCUAUUUGUUUCUUCUUUAGACACUGGUUCAAGUGAAGCAAUGUAUUCAUCAGUGGAGAAUAGGUUGCAGUUAGCACCAACAUCAAAAAUCUCGUCAGGUUCUGUGCAUGGAAAAGAAGUGCCUUUGCAGAAAUGCUAUCUUCAUGUUAGAGGCAUGACGUGUGCCUCCUGUGUAUCAGCCGUUGAGAAAAAUCUUCUAAAGCUGAAUGGUGUAGCCCAGGCACUUGUCAGUCUUCUGUCAGAAAGAGCAGAAGUGAAGUAUGAUCCAGAAAAAGUUUCACCUAUGCAGCUUUCACAAGUGACAACAGAUCUUGGUUAUGAUGCAUCGAUCAUAGAAACAGCAGAGCUUCAACCAGGAGAAAUUGAUCUUUCAAUCAAAGGCAUGACAUGUGCUUCUUGCGUUUCCUCCAUUGAAUCUAACCUCUUGAAGCGACCAGGUGUGACGAAAGCAUCAGUCAGCCUUGCCAUGCAAAGGGGCCAUUUUGUGUAUGACAGUGAACUUAUUGGUCCACGGAAACUUAUCCAAGCUAUAGAGGAGCUGGGGUUUGAAGCAUCUCCUGCACCUGUCAACAAGCUUGGUGUAGACCAUCUCACCCAUGUUGCUGAAAUUAGAAAGUGGCGCCGUGCCUUUUUAAUUUCUCUUAUUUGUGGCAUUCCUACCAUGGUCGUCAUGGUUUACUUCAUGGCCUUUGCCAGCAUGGACAAUCAUUGCUGCCUUAUUCCAGGGCUAUCCUUGGAAAAUCUUCUUCUAUUUGUUUUUGCAUCACCAGUUCAGACAGGAUACAAGAGAAGAGAAGUGGACAACACGAAUGCCGACUAG